GAAACCCUGGUUAUUCUUUCUGGGUUUUCCGCUUUAUUUCUGAUUGUCUGUGCUUUUUUUUUUUUGCAGGCGGUUGAAGCACAGAUGAAGGUUACGUGUCGUUGUCAUGGUGUAUCAGGAUCAUGUGCAAUGCGAACUUGUUGGAAUAGUAUGCCAGAUUUUGAAAAAGUUGGAAAAUAUUUGAAGAAGCUUCACAAACACGCCGUAGAGAUUUUACCACGCGGCAAGAAACGAAUGCGGCGGAAAGACCCAGAGAAACGCAAAGUACCGAUCAAGCCUGACGAAAUGGUUCAUAUUGAUGAAUCACCAAACUAUUGCUCAAGCGACCCUCAAAAAGGAAUAAAAGGCACCACUGGGCGGGAAUGCAACAAGACGUCUAAUGGAGCAGACGGCUGUGAUCUCUUGUGCUGUGGGAGGGGUUAUAACACACAAGAAGUUCGGAUUGUCGAGAGAUGCGAAUGUGUUUUUAUUUGGUGUUGUGAAGUUAAAUGCAAAUCCUGUGAGACUGUCAAAGACGUUCACACUUGUAAAUAAUUGUAUAAAAGUUGUAAAUUUGAUGACUCCUCGCAACAGUAAAAACAGGGAAUAUGUAUUUGUAUAUGAUUAUAAUAAUUAUUUGUAGUUUAUUUAAUGAGAAGGUAAGCGGGAAAUGUAACAUAUCUAUCAAUGGAUUUAGUUUAAAAAUCGUGGAAGGGGGUUCAGAAUAUAUGCCUACAGUGAGUUGACGUCAUAAUUACGGUACUGUUACAAUACCGUGACUUCUAACGGGCAUCAAUGAGUACGUACUCAUAGAUGGUAUUUGACUAUGUACUGGAUUACAACCACACAGAUUUAUUGCACAGGUACAAAAUGUGUUCAGUUCAGAAAUGGGCUGAUUAUUCUGCAUUAUAUUGUACAUAUUGUACAAUGCGUAUAAUAUAGAGCAUUAUACGUACAAUACAAUCUAAAUUAUAUAAAUAUAGGCCUAUAUAUAAAAUCAUAAGUUUUCCAUGUGUUCGAACAUUUACUUCUUUACUUCAUAUUAGCAGAGCAGUAUCAAA